UCAAAUAAAGGCUUGCUAUCAGAGAACUUGUUUAACUUGUUUAAGUCAAAGAAGACUUUCACACCGUUAACAUGGUCGAGUGGACAGAUGCUGAGCGUGCUGCCAUCACAUCCCUGUGGGGAAAGAUCGAUGUGGGUGAGAUUGGACCCCAGGCUCUGGCCAGGCUCCUGAUUGUGUAUCCCUGGACUCAGAGACACUUCGGUGCGUUUGGCAACAUUUCCACUAACGCUGCCAUCCUGGGAAACCAAAAAGUGGCCGACCAUGGUAAGAUAGUGAUGGGUGGGCUGGAAAGAGCUGUGAAGAACUUGGACAACAUCAAGGAAGUCUACAAAACCCUGAGCGUGAAGCACUCUGACAUAAUCCAUGUGGAUCCUGAUAACUUCAGGCUUCUUGCUGAAAUCAUCACUAUAUGUGUGGGUGCCAAGUUUGGCUCCGCCGGCAUCAACCCUGAUGCCCAAGCAGCUUGGCAGAAGUUCCUGUCUGCGGUCGUCUCUGCCCUGGGCAGACAGUACCACUGAGUGCCUGGAGACGCAUUCGCAGAUGUGCAGCAGUCAUACAUGUGCUUCUAAAAUAUCUCAUGCUCUGCCUUGUAGCUGUUGCCAAAUCCAAAAAAUAAAACUCAAAUGAAUGCA